AUCUGAAGGAGCAUCUUACAGGCGGAUCAGGUGGCACUUUCCACCCAGUCUCAUCCUCCACCGCCUCACAAGAGGAAAGCCGACAGACGGCGUUUUCAAGUGCGCCGGGGAGUCUUUCUGUGCGCGUUUUUUCCCCCCACCUCUCCGGUCAACCAUGCUGGAAAUGUCGGACAUAGUGUGCGUUCUCAUCCCGCUGCUGAUGUUUGCGGGCUCCACCAUCCAGGCGGACGUGAAGAGUGUCAGAGAGGCGGAAAAAUCCGGGAAUUUCAUGGAGGACGAGCAGUGGCUGUCCACCAUUUCACAGUACAGCCGCAAGAUCAAGCACUGGAAUCGCUUCAGAGACGAGGUUGAGGAUGAUUAUGUGCGUUCCUGGGAUGAAAAUCAAGACUCUAAUGACAAUGUAGACACCACCAAGGACCCUUGUCAAAAGGUUAAGUGCAGCCGACACAAGGUGUGCAUCGCUCAGGGCUACCAGAGAGCUGUGUGCGUCAACCGCAAGAAACUGGAGCACAGACUAAAACAACCCGCUCUCCGAUCUCCUGAUGGGAACUGUCAGCCCUGUCCCAUCUCCUCCACUGGACCAGUGUGUGGAUCAGAUGGACACAACUACGCCUCAAAGUGCAAGCUGGAGCAGCAGGCGUGUCUCACUGGGAAAGCUCUGUCCCUGAAGUGUUCAGGUCUAUGUCCUUGCCCAACUACGUCACCUGCAUCCAGGGAGGGGAAACGUGAGAGCUGCACUGGGCAGGAUCUGUCUGAUCUCGGCGAGCGUCUGAAGGACUGGUUCCAGCUCCUGCAGACCAAUGCCAAGCAGAACAAUAACAGCAAGCAAGGAGCCAGAUCUCCUGCUUCCAGCCCUACGUCAGUGCUGGACAGGAGCCUGGUCGCCAGCUGUAAGGACUCCAUAGGUUGGAUGUUCUCCAAGCUUGACACCAAUAAUGACCUUUACUUGGAUCAGGCUGAGUUGGCCGCCAUCAACCUGGAUAAAUAUGAGGUCUGCAUUCGGCCAUUUUUCAACUCCUGUGACUCGUACAGGGAUGGGAAGGUUUCCACGGCUGAAUGGUGCCUUUGCUUCUGGAGAGAGAAGCCGUCCUGUUUAGCCGAACUGGAGAGGAUCCAAGUACUGGAUGGCGGGAAGAAAAAGUUUGGUCGAUUCAUCCCCAGCUGCAAUGAGGACGGCUUUUACAGGAAGCAGCAGUGUGACAGGGGCGAGUGCUGGUGUGUCGACCAGAACGGAGGAGAAGUGGCGGGGUCUCGGAUUCGCGGCAAGCCGGAUUGUGAUUCCGAAAUGACAUAUUCAGGGGAUUUUGGCAGCGCAGUUGGAUGGGAAGACGAGGAGGAGAAAGAAGCUGAGGAGACUGCAGAGGAGGCUGAGGAGGAGGAGGGAGAGGUGGGAGAGGUGGAUGAUGGGGGGUAUAUCUGGUAAAGGGUCAGUGUUCAGUCCGACCUCUCUGUGGGAGUAUUUUAACGUUACCAAACACACACACACACAUAUAUACACAGCUGACAAUGGACAUGAGGAAGGCACUCCACUCAGUUUAACACUGCAUUAGAAAAACAUGAGGGAAAGUCAUUGAUUUGGAAGGGGAAUCAGAUAGAUCUGGGAGUAUUUAUUGUUGCAGGUUGUUCUUAUCUUUGAAAAGGAUAUAGGAGAUGUUCUUCAGACAUUCUGGGCCAGGAGUUAAAAAAUAAUUGUCCUUUUAAUUGUGAAUCUUUGUUCUCUUUUGUUGUAUGUCCUUUAGAACUAUCUAUGAGCUGUUUUUAGCUGAUGCAUAAUGGAGAUUUCAAGAAGCUGCAGGUGCUUGUG